UUCCCGAAUAGCGGUUCUUCUCAACGUCAUACUGAUGUGAUGUGCUCUUUCUGCUGUGUCAAAAGAAAAUUAUAAUUUCUAAAUUUGUUUCUUAAUUAACUAUGGGUGGACAAAAGUUUCAAUAUGAUGAAAGUGGAGGGACGUUCUUUUAUUUUUUAAUAUCUUUUCUAGCCUUACUUUUAAUUCCUGGUACUUAUUAUUGGUGGCCACGUAAACAGAAGCAAGAUCCAGACAGAUCAACUAAGGAGUGCCAAUGUGAAGGAUGUAAAAAGAAAAAAGUUGUUUUGCAAAGCAGUGAGCCCUGGAAAGGAACCAAGCAGUUUCUUACGAAAGCCGUAAUUGUGGGAGGAUGGAUUUUGCUCUUUCUCUUGGCCUACAAAGUGUCACAGUUUGACUACGAGUAUGCCAACUUUGACCCUUAUGAAAUUCUUGGUGUACCCUUGGGAGCCUCUGAAGCCUCAAUCAAGAAGGCGUACAGAAAACUUUCACUGAUUCUUCACCCAGACAAGGAAACUGGAAACGAAAAAGCUUUCAUGAAACUUACUAAAGCCUAUCAGGCACUAACGGUUGAGGAGUCCCGUCACAACUGGGAGAAGUACGGGAAUCCGGAUGGUCCUGGAGCAAUGAGCUUUGGAAUUGCGCUUCCAUCCUGGAUCGUCGAGAAGGAGAAUUCAUUUUGGGUACUCGGACUGUACGCCCUUGUGUUCAUGGUGGCUCUACCUACGGUAGUUGGGAUGUGGUGGUACCGUUCCAUAAAAUAUACCGGUGACCAGGUACUCCUGGAUACUACACAAAUGUAUUACUUCUUCUUCCACAAGACACCUUCGAUGCCGCUAAAACGAGUGAUCAUGAUACUUGCGGCUUCACUUGAGUUUGAGAAGAAAUAUAACAGUGAAAUAGUUGAGAGACAAUCUGACAACGAAGAAGUUCCUCAUUUGAUUCGACAGAUUGGUAACUUGGGAGAGAAGAACAAGGAGCGUCCACUAUGCUACCUGUACUCUAUCAAGGCUCGAGCGCUCCUGUAUGCUCAUCUGUCGCGCAUGGUGCUUAACCCGCUAACACUCGACCGCGACCGCAUGUACAUCGUGCGCAAGUGUCCCUAUCUCAUACAGGAGAUGGUCAACUGCGUCUCCCAGCUGAUCAUGCUCGGCUACGCUAGAAGAGUCCACCGAGUCAUCAGAGUAGAAACUAUCGAGAGUGUGAUGAAGCUCUGCCCGAUGAUCGUGCAGGCGCUGUGGGAGUACAAGAGUCCGCUACUGCAGCUGCCUCACGUCAACGAAGAUAAUCUCAAAUACUUCCUCAGCAAGAAACGGCCAGGGUCAGAGAAGACAAGACAAUCUAAGUACAUCAAGAGUGUACAGCAGUUUGCUCAACUCAGCACAGAUGACAAGCGCAACAUCUUGCGACACUUCACAGACCAACAGUUCGUAGAUGUUAUCAAAGUUGUGUCCAGGAUGCCACUGAUAGACUUCCAAGUGAAGACUGAAGUUGUGGAUGACGAGGCAUGUACGGUGAUUACGGCGGGUGCCAUAGUCACGGUGACUUGUACGCUGCGUCGUCAGGAUAUGAGCGUUUUGUUUGGUGACGAGUCUGCCGUCGAAAAACACUGCGCAGAGGAGAAACAAGAGGCCAAUGAGGGGGAGGGAGAAGAGAAGAAGGAUGAACAGGUAAAAGAAAAAAGGCCAGUCUGGCAGAAACAGCAAAAGAAAGGCAAGAAGAGCAAUAAAAAGCAAGCUCCAGUCAAAAAACAACCCACAAAAGAUGCUGUAAAACAAACCAAAGACAGUAAAGACAAAGUUAACCAAAACUCAACGCAAAAGUCAGACGAGGCUGAAGAGAAAUCGGAGAAGGAAAAGUCAGAAAAGAAGAAGGAGAAGUCAAUAGAGAAUGCAGGCGGGGAUAAAAGUGAUGCUGACGAAAGUGAUUUGUCAGACGAUGAAGCAGAAGCAGAGAAGAGUGAUGACGAGGAAAGUCAGACAGACAGCAAAAAGACUUCAGCAGUUGACGAGGAUGAUGACGACUGGGACAAAUUCCAAACUGGAAUGGGGAAGAGAGACAGAGUUUUGGAGGGAAGGAGUAAAAUGUCACACUCUGUUCACAGUCCGUAUUUCCCAGAGGACAAGCAAGAGUAUUGGUGGGUUUACGUGAGUGAUCGUAAGUCUCGCUCGCUGCUAACGUCACCGUUCCACAUUACUAACCUGGUAGAGUACGAGGAGGUACAGCUCAAGUUUACGGCACCAAAGUGGCCCGGCGUCUACACUUUCACUGUAUGCCUGCGCUCAGACUCCUACAUAGGCUUCGAUCAAAUACACGAUAUUAAGCUGGACGUUAAGGAAGCGCCUGAAGUUCCGACGGAACAUCCUCAAUGGGACCUCAGCGAGGAGGAGGAGGAUAGCCAUCGAGGAGGGAUGGGCGAGGCGAGCGAUGUGUCCGAGUUCACGACAGAUGAGGAUGUCGAGGAUUGAGGCUUCCAUCUGCCUCGACAGUGCCUUGCUCUCGCACGCGUUAUAUUCACCGGUUCUAAAUCGCGUUUUAGGUUUCUAGGUACUUUUUGUAUAAGAAAUAUUUUUUAUAGACAAUGCAUUUUGUAAAAUUUAUUUAUACCAACUGAUCCAUGCAGAAUACUCAGCUCAGUGUCUGGAGAUCUAAUGAAAAUGUUGUUAAACAAGUUUUUAAUUGUGGCAGGAGCCAUUAGAAGUUUUCAUUUAACUAAGACCUUGUAAAAACACAGGUGUGAGAAUGUUAUCCAUACUUAUUGGCAUGGCCAGUCCCAAACUGAUUUAUUAUUCAUUGGUUUGAGAAAGUUCAUGGCUUAUUGAAUGCUAACACAGUGUAUUGAUGUUUACUUUCCCGUCUAUGUUUUUCACAAAUUUGAACUAAUUUAAAAAACCCUUAUGCAUAAAUUAAACUAUCUGUAAAAAUUAGCCAAUCUAUACAGGGUGUCCCGGAACUCUCUACCAAUAUUUUAGGGCAUUGCUCCUGGGUAAGAAACAUACCUAAAUAUCAUAUUUAAAUUGUCCGGAAGUCCUUAGUUACUCACACAGCCGCCAUUUUGUUUUUUUCAGUCAUUAUUUUUUUUCUAAAGAACGGUUAAACAUACGAAAUGGAAAUUUUUGCACAAACAUUUAUGACAACUAGACAAAGCUACCAAAAAAUAAUGACGAUUGUUCAAAUUCAUAAAACAAAAUGGCGGCCAUUUAAAUUUUUUGUAAAAUCAACGGUUUUUGAGUUAUUUAAGAAACAAAACUUUAAAUGGCCGCUAUUUUGUUUUAUGAAUUUGAAAAAUCUUCAUAAUUUUUUUGUAGUUUUGUCUAGUUGUCAUAAAUGUUUGUGCAAAGUUUCCAUUUCGUAUGUUAAACCAUCCUUUAGAAAAAAAUUAAUAAGGGAAAAAAACAAAAUGGCGGCUGUGUGAGUAACUAAGGACUUCCGGACAAUUUAAAUAUGAUAUUUAGGUAUGUUUCUUACCCAGGAGCAAUGCCCUAAAAUAUUGGUAGAGAGUUCCGGGACAACCUGUAUAUUUAAAUGUUAUACAAAGAUACUAAAUCAAGAACUAACAAGAACUAGGCAGCUUAUCUGGUGUUAGUGAAAUUGUAAAAUAAAAUGAAAUCAUAAACUCAUUAUGUAUUUAUUUGAAAAGCAAUGUGGUAACUUAUAUGAAUGAAUAAUCUCAAGAAAGAAUGGAUAGUGAGCUCAACUACUUUUUUUUGCAACUCUUUAUCAUAUUCUAACAGUUAUUAUGUAUGUUUUCAGUCUAUAACUGACUCAAAAUGACAAUGAAAUGAUAUUGUUUUGUUACUGUCAAUAAUGUGUUACCUAGUAACACAAAAGGUUUGGAACACUAGUUUUGUAAGAAAUAGUUAUUUGUGUAACUAGUGGUGAAAGUGGCACUUUGCUGCACACGAGAGCAAUGUUUAUGCACGAGAGGAAUGAUCUCGAGUGCAGCAAAGGCCUUUUUCACUCGUGUUACACAUUAUAUUUUUCCUACAGUCACUAUAAAGCAAUAAAUAAUUAGUCUUUCAAACACUAUACCGUACAACACGUUUUUAGGUUCAGCUGGCAACACAAAUGGUGCUUUAGAGAAAGUAGUACCCGCGGUCCGUAUCACUCCGCUAUUUUUCCUCGGCAAGAAAUGUGCUCCGCGUUUUGAGAAUAUAGUUCCGUAUGUUUUUGUAAUUUGAAGUGGUUUCCGCGCCUAAAAAAAAAUGCUUUAAAAGUAUUUUCUUGUUUAUUAAGAUUUUAGGAAUGUUUUAAAAACGUUUUUUUUAAAAGAAAAGUCCAGAAAGUUCAGAAAUACCGAAACUAUAAACACGAAAUGACAGGUUAAAUCGUAGUUAUAAUAGUCAAUCAGCUGCUCAUAGUAUUAUUAUCUUUAAGUGUUGCCAACCUAUUUCCAAGCGUACACGGAUUACGUGCAUAAUAGAACCACGCUGUUUUGUGUUGUUUCGUUGGAAUCCUGAUGUGCGCCAAAGUAUAAACCGUACGGCAAAGUAUAAAUAUGCAGCAAUUAGCAGCUUUCUGUACUAUAAACAGUACAAGGAAGCCAACUUUGUCCGGUGACUGUAGGAAAAAUACAUUUCUUGAUUGCAGCCUUGUUGGAAACACUUAGUAGCAGUGAAUCUUUCGGUAAUUGUUGGAGAAUAAUACAGUAAAUUCAAUUGAUUAAUGCAGCUUUUAUUUGAUUGUGGCUUUUAAUUUUAGUUUUAAACGGAUGCGUUGCACGGCGUCCAAUGAUAUUGGUCAGUGUCACAAUAUCCAAAAUAAAAUUUUUUAGCUGUUUCACGACAACCAAUCUCAUGACGUCCAGAGCUUGUACAAAGACUAUAUUUAUUGCAGUGACUGUACUUUUGGACAUGGUGAGAUUUGUGUGCAACAGUCAAAUAGUUAAUAUUGGGUCAUGCUCAUGAGACAGCUCAAAAAUUUUAUUUUGGAGGUCGUGCAACACUCCCUUUUAAAACCACAGUUGAAACUGACAUAACCGUUGUGUAACGGUAAAAAAUACAGUAGGCCUAUACAAGUAGAGAUUUGCUAAAACAAAACUUAACAAAUUUUAACAUUUAUUCAAGUUGAAAGUUUUGUAUUUUUAUAUACUUUUCUUAAAUCAGCUCAGACAUUAACUAAGAUGGCAGUUUUUGACUAAGAUAUCAAAUGUAAAUAGGAACAUUAUAAUACUUUUUGAUGUCUGUAUGCCUUAUUAUACUUUGUAAACGUUAAACCUUUCAAAUCAUGUUUUAAAGGUGUUGCAUUUAAAGUUAUUAAUCAAGUUGGCAGGACUCUUUGGGUGUUUAUGUGGUAUGUUUUGAACAUUCCUUAUUUCGAGAAAUUGUAAACGUAAGUGUUUUUACCAGUGAAUGUAACACAAAGAUACUGAUUUGUAAGUUGUAUGAUAAUUACAAAACUAUUUUGCAUCCAACAAGUUAUAUUUAUUGUUUUGUUAUUUAAAAUGUAAAUAGUUUUACGUUUUAUUAUUAAACGACAAAAUUAAAAUUAAA